AAGUUAUUUAUAAUCUGCGUACUGCGUAUUAGGUGAAGUUUACCGACCAGGCCACGUGGACCGCAGCUGUUCUAGAGAGAGAGAGAGAGAGAGAGAGAGAGAGAGAGAGAUCUGAGGAGUCAGGUCGGUAGCCCUGAGGAACCCUCUCGCAGGCAACCGGAAGGGGAGAGAUCCGAGGAGGGAAAAACAAGACCAUUUCUUGGUUUCGUUUCUGCCGUAGUACUACAACAUGGCUUGACGAUGACAAUUCGUCUUGGUCCUCCGUUGGAUUCCAUAGAAGGGGCUGGCAGCUGAGAUGAGUGGAGGGCAUGGUGAUGCUGGGAUGGCUUCAGGUAAGAUGGCAAAGCUGAAGGAGUUAUUGCAGAAAAGUGAAAAUCGCAUUUGUGCUGACUGCAGCGCACCUGAUCCCAAUUGGGCGUCAGCUAAUAUUGGAGUAUUCAUAUGCGUAAAAUGUUCUGGCGUUCACAGAAGUGUCGGUACACAUAUCUCAAAGGUCAUGUCAGUGACACUAGAUAAGUGGUCUGACGAUGAAAUUGACUCCAUGGUAGAAGUUGGUGGAAACUCGCAAGCCAACGCAAUCUAUGAGGCCUUUCUCCCAGAAGGCUACCGCAAGCCACACCCAGAUUCCGCCCAGGAAGAGCGACAAAAGUUUAUCAAGUCCAAAUAUGAACUUCAAGAAUUCCUGGAGCCAAGCUUACGGAUUGUCUCUAAUCAUCCUAGUGAUGCCGGAAAACAAGCAUCUAACUCACAUUCUGCUAGUUCCAAGAGUGAGAUUGGCAUGGUUGAGUUCAUCGGGAUACUGAAUGUCAAAGUCAUCGGAGGCACCAAAUUAGCUAUCAGAGAUAUGUCUAGCAGCGACCCUUAUGUCGUCUUGACCCUCGGACAACAGAAAGCACAGACUUCAGUGAUCAAAGGAAACCUGAACCCCGUCUGGAAUGAAGAACUCAAGCUCUCUGUUCCUCAGAAGUACGGGCCUCUGAAGCUGCAAGUGUUGGACCAUGAUAUGGUUUCCAAGGACGACCUGAUGGGGGAGGCCGAGAUCGACCUGCAGCCCAUGAUCAAUGCGGCAGCAUCCUUUGGAGAUCCAGAGCUGCUCGGCGACAUCCAGAUCGGCCGGUGGCUCAAGUCCGGCGACAACGCUCUAACCGCCGACAGUGCUGUCAUGGUGACCGGAGGCAAGGUGAAGCAGGAGGUCACUCUGAAGCUGCAGCACACCGAGUCGGGGGAGGUGACGGUGGAGAUGGAAUGGAUGGCUCUAAACAUUUAGAGGAUCCGGAUACGAUGGCAAAUUUGUAUUUUGAUUUGUAUUUUGCUGCAAAGGAUCCAUUGAAUCGACUUUUUUUGGAAAAAUAAUAAUUUUUGCUACUA